UGGAGGCCGGUGUUUCCCGCUCUGAGGGAUCCUGUGCCGCCGUCGUGGCCACCACCUGGGGUUGCUUCAGGCUUCAGGCUUCAGGUUUCCCUGCCAACCACGAGGAGUCCAGGGAGGAAAAGCGGAGCCUAGGUGCCAGUCACGCACACCUCCCGCGUCUCUUCUAACCCAAGAUCGCCCCGGCAGGGAUGGGCGUCAAGAUCUGGCUGCCCUUCCCGGUGCUCCUCCUGGCCAUUCCGUACCCAGUGCUGCUGCCGGUGGCUGCCGCCUUCACUCCCUCCUUAGACAGCGACUUCACGUUUACCCUUCCGGCCGGCCAGAAGGAGUGUUUCUACCAGCCCAUGCCCCUGAAGGCCUCGCUGGAGAUUGAGUACCAAGUCUUAGAUGGAGCGGGAUUAGAUAUUGAUUUCCAUCUUGCCUCUCCACAAGGAAGAACCUUAGUUUUUGAACAAAGAAAAUCAGAUGGAGUUCACACGAUAGAGACUGAAGACGGUGACUACAUGUUCUGCUUUGAUAAUACAUUCAGCACCAUUUCUGAGAAGGUUAUUUUCUUUGAAUUAAUCCUGGAUAAUAUGGGAGAACAGGUGCAAGAACAAGAGGACUGGAAGAAAUAUAUUACUGGCACAGACAUGUUGGAUAUGAAACUGGAAGAUAUCCUGGAAUCCAUCAACAGUAUCAAGGCCAGACUAAGCAAAAGUGGUCACAUCCAGACUCUGCUUAGAGCAUUUGAAGCUCGUGAUCGAAAUAUCCAAGAAAGCAACUUUGAUAGAGUCAAUUUCUGGUCUAUGGUUAACUUAGUGGUAAUGGUGGUAGUGUCAGCCAUUCAAGUUUAUAUGCUGAAGAGUCUAUUUGAAGAUAAGAGGAAAAGUAGAACUUAAAACUUUAAACUAGACUACUUAACAUAAAAAAGAGAGAUGGAAAAAUGUAAUACACCUUACAGUUAAAGUCCAAGACCAUUAAUAGUCUUUUCAAAAAAGAUUUUCAGGUAUUACCACAAGCGUGAAGCAAGUAUAAUUUUAAUGUGAAAGGAAAGUCUUCACUUUCAUCUGUGCAAGUAGUCUUACUGCUUCAGUUGUACUUAAAUAUAUAACAAAUAUUUUGCAGAGUAUAGGUAUAAUUGAAUGAAGCCAUAUUAAUAACAGCAUUUUCCUAAGUUUGAAAAACUUUUGCAAAUGUCAUAGGUAAUUUAAAUAAAUGAGCUUUGGGCCCAAAUGCAACACCAAACAAUGUUUUUAAAGAUUCUCUUACCUAGAAGUUUCUUUGUAAAUUUGGCAAAUACAAAUUAAUACAGGUUUUCAAUAUAUUAAAGUUUCUUUGUAAAUGUGGCAAUUAUAAAUUAACUGUGUAAGUUUCCAGUAUAUUAAGUUAUAAAUCAUCUGAGAAUUACCUAAUCAUAGAUUGGAAUAAUCUUUAGAAAACAAAAACUCAACUUUUCUUUUUACAUAUGUAUCUCUCCUAUAAUGUAAAUAGACACAUAGCUGUGAAAAACAGAUUUGUGAGACUUUUAUAACCAAAUAUAUUUCAAUUUAAAAUAUUAACAAAAAGUAUUAGUUUUAUAGACUUAGCUUACAUUCCCCAAAGGCCAAUAUUUUCAUAAUUCUUAAAUUGCUCAGUCAUUAUUAAAAUUUGGAAAAAUUUUCUCUUUGAAAUGAAAUCGCUCAGUCUCCAUAGGGACACAUUUUGUCUAGUCCUUAACUAAGAUCUAGAAUUUUGAAAUUAAAUGUGACAAAAAAUACUUUUAUAUUACCUAUCAGCAGUGUUAUGUUAAUUUUAACAUGAUUAUUGACUUGGAUAAUACAUUAUUACCAACAGUUGUGAAGGAAAAUAUUGCUUUAAAAAUCUAGGCCUAACAUAAA